UCAGGGGCGCGCCCCGCUCGCUGCCUUCGGAGAAGUUUUGCUCCGGCUCCACGUGUGGCAGCAGCUGGAGGCUAGAGGGGCGGUGACAGCAGGCCCCGGAGCGCUCCCCCCCCGGCAGGUCUCGUCAGCCCAGGUGGCAACAGAGCGGAGCCAGAGGCUGCAGCCGGAGGAGGGAGGCGAAGCCGGGAGCCGGGGGCGGCUCUGUCCCGUUGGCUCGCAGCGAUUCUCCCCUGCCGGGGGUGCGCAGCGGGUGGUGGGGCUGUGGCGAGCAGCUGCUUCAGUCGUGCAGACUGUGACAUCCCCACCCCACUGCCAGGGGACUGGCCGGGCGGGGGCCGGCGAUAGGUGGGACCGGGACCUGCGCUCAGGGACUCCGUUAGCGACUCGCCCUCCCCUGGGAGACGGGAUCUGUUCGCGUCGGGGCUUCCCCUCCUGCGGGGAGGUUGGCAGGAGCCGCCUGCCGAUGAUGCCCCCCUGAAGCGUCGCCCUUAAGAGACCGGGGGUGGGCGGGAAACGGGGGACACAACGCGAGCCCCCUCCCAGCUCCAGCUCAGUGACAAUGCGGCCCGGGGCAGCCCUGCGCCCCCCCGCUGGCUGCUGACUCCGGGGGCGGGGGGCAUGGCACCUGCCUAGCAUGGCCGGGGGCCGGGCAGAUGCCUCGGGCUAGCAUGGCAGGGAACGGGCCGCCUGCCCCCGCCGCCUGCCCCGAGCCUCUGCCCCGCAGCGUCUUCAAGAAGUUCCUGCUGAUGCUCAUGUCCCUGCUCAUGUCCCUCUACGUCUUCUACUGCCUGGCCGAGCGCUGCCCCAGCCUGCCCGGGCCCCUGCUGGCGGCCGCCCCGGAGCAGGCGGCGGGCGGCGGCGGGCCGCUGGAGCCGGGGUCCCCCUCGCUGGCCAGCUGGCCGCCGGCGGCCCGGAGGAAGCGGCCGAAGCAGCAGCGGCGGCGGCCCGACGCGCCCGGCCGAGGCGCGGGGUCGGGCGGCGGCGGGGAGCCCCCGGGCACGCUGGCCCUGCUGCUGGGCGAGGGCAGCAAGCGGCUGCCGCAGGCCAUCAUCGUGGGCGUCAAGAAGGGCGGCACGCGGGCGCUGCUGGAGUUCCUGCGGGUGCACCCCGACGUGCGGGCAGCGGGGGCCGAGCCCCACUUCUUCGACCGCGGCUACGAGCGGGGCUUCGCCUGGUACAGGGACCUGAUGCCCAGAACCCUGGAUGGGCAGAUCACCAUGGAGAAAACUCCCAGCUACUUCGUCACCAAGGAAGCACCUGCUCGAAUCUCUGCCAUGUCGAAGGGCACCAAGCUCAUCGUGGUGGUGCGGGACCCCGUGACCCGAGCCAUCUCCGAUUACACACAGACUCUCUCAAAGAAGCCCGAUAUCCCCACCUUUGAGAGCCUGACUUUCAAAAACAGGACUACAGGCCUGAUCGACACCUCAUGGAGCGCCAUCCAGAUUGGCAUUUACGCCAAGCACCUGGAGAACUGGCUCCUCUACUUCCCCAUUGGGCAGAUCCUCUUUGUCAGCGGGGAGAGGCUGAUCAGUGACCCCGCCGGGGAGCUGGGCAGGGUCCAGGACUUUCUGGGCCUUAAGAGGAUCAUUACGGAUAAACACUUCUACUUCAACAAAACCAAGGGCUUCCCUUGCCUGAAGAAGGCUGAAGGCAGCAGCAAACCCCACUGCCUGGGGAAAACGAAAGGCAGGACCCACCCCAAUAUAGACCGAGAGGUGCUGCAGAGACUGCGGGAGUUCUACAGGCCUUUCAACAUGAAGUUCUACCAGAUGACUGGGCACGACUUCGGCUGGGACUGAGGCUGAAAAAAAGAAUAAUUUAAGAAAAGAAAAAAUAUAAUAUAAUAUAUAUUUUUUUUACAUAUCAGUAGAGAGGGAAAAACAAAAAUGUAAGCGUUGUGCUGAAAACACUCUCCGUUCUGUUUGUUCUUUUUGGCACAAUGUCACUGCUUGGUUUGUUUUCUUUCUUCUAUUAGCAGCGGGUUGGUGUCUCCUUCCAUGGAUAAGGCAAGGUGGCUGUGGGCCAAAGCUUGGUGCUGUUGAAGUCAACAGGGCUCUGGCCAUUUAUGUCAGUGGUUUCAGGAUUUGACACUGUGUCUAUAGAAAAGUCUGGGAGCAUCAUUUUCAAAUUUACCUAAGUUCCAUUUUCAAAAGCGACAUAGGCACUUAGAAGCCUAAAUCAUUGACUUUCAAUGACAGUUGGGCUUCUCUAAGGCCCAGAUUUUAAAAGGUAUUUAGGCGUUGCUGUGCUCAGCCUUGCAAUGCCUAAUAGAUUUAGGCACCUAAAUCUCAUCAUGAAGAUUGAGGCUCCUAAAUGCAUAAAUCACUUUUGAAAAUGGGACUUAGGCUCCUAAAUCAGUUAGACAUUGCAACAGUGAGCGCAGCAACAUCUAAAUACCUUUACAGAUCUGGGCCUUGAUGACUAAUGGCUGGAUUUUUAAAUCUAGUUAGGUGCCUAACUCCCAUGGGAGGUGUCCAAAUGCCUUUAAAAAUGUAUCCCUUAGUCACUUUUGAAAAUAGGACUUAGGGUCCUAAAUACCUAAUUCACUUUUGAAGAUCCCAAAGCUGGUCAGGACAUUCUUUUUCCUGUGGAAAAAUUUUUAUCAAUUUUUUUUCACUUUUUUAUCAAUUUUUCUUUGAAAUUUUGGGGAGUUUGAUCCAAAAAGUGGAAAAAAAAUUCUGCAACCAAAAACCAAGCUUUUUUUCAGCAACUGGUGAAAAACGGGAGGGUUUUUUAUAUAUAAAAUUGAAAUAAUUUGGCUUUUGGUUGUAGAAAGCGGGGGAGGGGAGGAAAUAGGUUUUGACAAAAAGUGAUCUUUUGACAUGAAAAUCUCAGUGUAGUCAAAAGGCUGUUUUCCAGCCCACCAGCUCGCAAGCAGCUUCCCCCAUCACUUGUACUCUCUCUGGGUCGCUAUUUCAGAGCUCACCCACCUCUUUCAAGAUUCCCAUUCAGAAACUUCACCAAGCCAACAUGCGUCCCAUUGGAUGUCAUCCAUAGGGUUUGAGGGUGUGGCCCUCAUGGGGUUUCAUACUAAGAGGGGAGUCAUUGUGGGGUGUGGGGGGACUCCAUGUCCUGUAUAUUCUUGAAUACGGAAUAACAGGGUAAGAGCCAGAGUUGUGGGAGAGGUGGCAUGUGAGGUAUCCUGCUAAGCCACGUUCAGAAAUAUGUUGGACAAGGCCCUCUAGGCUUCAGAAAAAUCUUAGAAGAGAAAAUGUUGGAGCAAAGGUUCAUUUGAAAAAAAAACCCAAAAAACCAGCCAGUUGUUCACAAGAGUGUGGUGAGAACCUAAUGGCUGCCCUGCUGAGAACAAAAUGGCAGCACUCUUCUGCGGAACAUGGGGGAGAAAACAGGAAAGAGCAGAUUGGGUUUGUCGGGUUUCUUCAAUAUGUUUGUUAAAAUAAUCCUCCCUGUUACGAUACCUGGAGAUCUCAAUUCUUUGCCCUGAUUCUUGACGGCUGUUUUGUGGCUUCUAUAAAGUGAGUUGGUGGUAGCUAUCCAUUAAUUAGGCAGGUGCCCAAAUCACACAAUUUGGCCCUUUUGUCCAUAGUUUCAUUAGAUGAUUAUUAUUUAUAUUAGCGCCUGGAAGCCUCAGUCAUGAACCAGGACCCCAUUGUGCUAGGUUCUGUGCAUUACGAUUGCUGUUUAUUAGGUGUAUUACAGUAGUGCUUAGGCACUUCAUGGAUCAGGACUCCAUUGAACAGAACCAAAAGACAGUCCGUGCCAUGAGGAGCUUACGGUCUAGGACAAGAUGGAGACAGCCCGGGGAGCACUAGGUAACAAUGAGACAAUACUGGUCAGCGUGAAAAGCGGUGGUUCCAGCAUACCGGCUGCAUAACCGUUGUCAGGAUUUUUUUUAGGCAUCAAAGCAGAGAAGAGAGUUCAGGAGAAAAAUGAGUUGAUAAUCGAAGAGGUCAAGAUGAUGUGUGUGAAAUUACCCUCUAGCUCUGCAGGUGGUCCCUCCAGUUCCUGCCUACCUGUUCCAAAGGUAAAGAAAGCAGGUCAGGGUCCAGGGCUUUCAGGGCACCAUCUGCCACCAAUAUCACAUUCGUGUAAAGAGAAAGAGGAUAGAGCUGGGCCUUCCACCCACUCCUGGCUCUCCUGAAUCCACUUCCCAGCUUUUCUCCUAACCAGCUUAAGAUAUGAUCCUGCACAUUGCUGAGGCUAUAGGGGCUCAGAAAGUAAUUUCCCCCUCACUGCUGCAGAACCAAACCUGGGUGGAUUCACAAACAGGACCCACUUCCCGAUCUAUUUAAAAUCACUUUGUGUUAAUGUUGGCAGGGCUUUCUGAAGGCCUUGGCCCCAAGACUGUCUCCCACUUGUUGCCCCCAUAAAGCCUUAUAUGAGCUCAGUUUUCCUUACCCAGAGUCCAGUAACAGCUGGCUGGCAAGCUAACAGUAGGGUGCUAGAAAACUGGUAAGUCAUUUUCUCUGCAGUACACCCUCCCAUCCUCAGCACAAGAGGCCACAGCAACCCCACUACCUUCAGCCAAUAUGGUCAUCCUCUGUCUCAGUUCUUGAUUCAGAAUGUUCCAGCUCCAGCUUUAAGCCCUUUUUUUGGCAGCAUCCCGUGGCACAAAACAUCUGGGUAAACAUUUUAUAAUCAUCUUAACCAAACAAAGAACAAAAAGUAGCGAUCAGAUCAGCCAAAUGCAACCCAGAACAAAGCAAAGCCACAGCGCUCACUCGAGUACAUAGUGCCUCCCUUUGUGUCUUAAUCCUCUGGGAGGUCUGUCGAAGGGUGGAGUCAUGGGCGGCUACAGUGCUCACCUGUUGUUAAGAUCCUGGCCAGCUGUGGUCACAACAGCCAAAUGGGCUGUGGCAACAGUCAGACCUUCUCAGCUGAGUAAAACAGAACUUGCAGAUGAAUUUGGACAGUGCAAGAAUUUUCAUCACCACCCUGAACUUUCAUCCAAAACUCAAACCAGAAGAUUUCUUUUGGGGCAGCAGUAAAGCUGUUAACUUUCCCCCCUUGUUAUAUUUCCCUAUCCACCUCCUCUGGACUUCCAUUUUCUAGCCCCAAGUGCCAAAAUCAGAGCAGAUUGGUAAAUGUUUUUAGCAAAAAUCAAUGACAAAGUGUGUUUCCUUUCCCCUGAAAUUUGACAUUUUACUAGAAUAUUUCAAUGAAAUUUCAGAAUGUAAAAUGCUUUGACCAGCGCUAUAGUUUCUGAUGAUCAUGCUCAGCUGGUGGGGGUGAUGGGAGAACCAUCAAACCUGGCCCUUCUUUACUUGUUUUGCGAUCAUCGCUUCACCUGAAAAUUGAAUCUAUGGCUUGGUUACAGCUGUCCUGCUGGCAUUGCUCUUUGAACAGGCAUCUCCAUAUAUUCUGCUUCCCGUGUGAGCAUGCCAUUUUACACCUCUAGUUCCAAAACUCAGCUGUUGUUGAGCAAUGAUAUUGCCUCCUUAGGUAUCAAAUGGUUAAGCCUUUCAGCAAGGCAGUGGCUGGUUCCUUGGAGGGUUGAGGGACCAAUGCAUUUUGAAGUUCACCAAAGGCUGAAGCUGUCUGAGUGACCUGAUUCUGUUACCCAGAGCUUCUUUCAGCUUGUGGGUGAAGAGCUGGCCCCAGUCAAGUGUUUAAAAUCUGAUCCAAAAGCCACUGCAGUCAGUGGAAAGAGACCUAUUGAUUUCAGUGGGCCUCAGAUCAGAACCCUAGAUGAAAAAAACUAAAAAGGCCCAAUAUGUUUCAUCCAAACCAUCCGUGGAAGUUUUCAAGAUGUGGCUUUUUGGUUUUGGCCAUACCACAUCCAUUCACAUGAAUUGGAACCAAGCAUCUGAAAAUCCCACUCCCCAUACCUAGCACUUUGAAAAGGCGCUCUUGAGGUCUGCUGACAAUUCCCCUUGUUUUUAAGAGAGGGCUACAGUAUUUAUGGUCCUUAUGCAUUCCCAACACACACAGGACACAUUGAAGGGAAAUGAAAGCCCUCUCUGUGAAAUGUGGCCUAUUAGAUCGUGUUUCCAGACAGCUCUGACUCAUGUAAGACGCUCACUCGUAUAUUUAUAUGACAUAAUACUUUCCCCUCCCCCAAAGCUGCAUUACUCUGCAACAGGGAAUCUAUUGAACUUUGAACUUCCUGGCGGUGGAAUAUAGACUCAUUUUAAAAUAUUUAUAAUGGCUGAACAUUGUAUUCAAUAUUUGUGAUUCCUAUGGCAAGAAUCCCCUGGGCUGCAGAUAAACCUCGGUGUCAUUUUUUCAGCCUGGCUUAUACAUGCAACCAGUGCCAGACGUGAUUUGUAUGGAAGUGUAAAUUACUCUCCUAUAGGCUAAUUUAGCCUUCCUGCAUGGGAUUUUGAGACAUACCUAGUGACACAGGAAGACAAGUUGCUUUGAAAGCCAAUAGGGUUUGUGCUUCUGAAUCACUGAGGUGGCUCUGAAAUCUCAUUUAAAUUUUCUCAGCCCCACUUGGCAACGUCUGAGGGUACGUCUGCACUGCAGUGGAGGUGUGCCUGCUCCACAUGCCGCAAUACACAAGCUAGCUUGAUUCUGGCUAGCUCAGGUACCAACCACAAUGAAGCCGUGACCACACGAGCUAGCUGCCUGUUUUGGACAGCCCACGUGCUGCUGUGGAUUCCCUGCUCUUAGCACUCAGGUUAGCUAGAUUAAAGCUAGUUCAGGUCUCACUACAUGUGCUGCAUUCAGACCUCUGAUGGCAGUGUAGACAUACCCGGAGAGAGUCUAACAGUCCUGCACGGUGACAGCGUGGGGGUUCAGAAGGAGGUAUAAAGUUCACUAAAAGUCCUUCUAAACUUAUAUCCACUGCUGAAUUUAGCCCAUGUGCUUGUACCGUGUCAUCCUGUAGUGGCCAUUGGACCAGGCAUUGUGACUUCCUAAGAGCUCCAGUGAAGCAGCCUCGCUGCAAUUCCCCCCUGCACUGUGAAGAAAUCAGUCAUGACCUUCCAAUCGCUUCCCAGACUCAAUGGCUUGGAUCUCUUAUAAGCCAUCAUCUCCAUUUGAGGACAUUGACAAUCCCAUCUUGAAUCAUUUGUUAACAGAGUCAAGGACCAGUAUCAAGUAUCGGUUGUAGCCGUGUUAGUCUGUAUCCACAAAAACAGCGAGGAGUCUGGUGGCAUCUUAACAACUAACAGAUUUAUUGGGCAUAAGCUUUCGUGGGUAAAAAACCAGCUGAAGAACUGUUGUUUUACCACAAAAGCGUAUGCCCAAAUAAAUCUGUUAGUCUUUUAGGACCAGUAUGUUUCAUAAAGUGUUCAUUGCCUGUAAUCACUGUCUGCUGCUGUCAGAUUGAGUAUGACUGGCUAUGCAACAAAAGCAUGUCGUGGGAUGCCUUUGGAACAAAUGGUCUUGCAAAGAUAGAGGUACAAGGAUGUAUCAUUAAUCUCGGUGCAAGGUUCUCCCCCUAACCCUUGUGAAAGCAAAUGGGCGUCAAAAUCAAAUGGCCUUAUGACACCAGUUGGGGGAACUAGACCACCUGCUUAGUUACUGAGCGACUGGCAUCAUUUAAAAGGGACACAGUUGAGUUUAGGGCAAAAAAUUAGGCUUUGUUACAAAACAAAAAAGUUUCACAAAACUAAGAGGUAGGAUUUGUAAAAGCAUCUAAAUGCCUUAGGCACAACAGGGAGCAAGUUUCACAGGCACAAUGACCUAUAGGCACCUAACGCCCAUUGUUUUUCAGUAAAAGAUAGGCCUGCUCUAUACACAGAUUUUGUACCAGUAUAAGUGUUGGUUAGGGGUGUGGGGUUUUUUUAACCAAUAUUUUUAGAGCAGUACAGCUCAUGUGGAUGGAGACUGGUAUAACAGUGGCUGAUCCCAAUAUAGAUUAGUCCCCUUCCCGUACAGGAAUAGCUAUACUGCUAUAAAGCAUCUCUAUACUAAUAUAACUGUGUCUGCAUUAUGCGGGUUAUACUGCUUUAACUAUACCAAUUGUGGUGCAGCUUUGGUGUAUAGACAAACCCUUAGCACCUCUCAUCUGUACCAUUGAAAUGCUUUCCUGCCCAUUGACUUUCAAAGCUCCUAAAUCACUUAGGUGUUUUUGAAAAUCCUACUGACUGAAUAAAGCUUGCCAUUUUCCUAGUAGCCUAAGAAAAGUUAGGCCCGCAAAUCCCAUUGAAAUCUAAUAUGAUUUAAGCCUCAGAUCCUAAAAGGUAUUUAAGUGAAUUAAAAAAAAAUACCUUUGAGGAUCUGGGACCCAAAUUACCUAAGCCCUUAGUCUGAUUUGAAAAUUCUAAACAAGGGUGUGGGAUGGAUUUAACUAGUCCCCUGUGUAGGGAAACCCGCAGCUCAAUAUUACUGAGCAAGUAUAGCAGAACAUGGAAAGUGAAAUUGACUUAAAGAGUUUGAUUUUUCCCAAUGGAGUAAAGUGGGCUGGGGGAGGGGGCGGGAAGGGGAGGA